AUGAAUUCAUUCUCAUUUUCGAUUAAAAAAAUCGUAUUUAUUUCGACAUUUCUUUUUUCCAUUAUACCAAUAAAUAAAGCACAAAAAGUUGAUCCAGAUUAUGGAUAUGGCGUUGAAACCGAUUUUUAUCUUGUGACUACUAUCCCAUUAAUCUUCUCUGUCAUUAGUUUUUUAGGAACUUUAUAUAUCUUUUUUCGAAUGUUCUUACGAUGGAAACGUAGUAAGAGAAGUAUUCCUUUGUCAUUUAAAUUCCCAUUUUAUAUAGCGAUUACAGAUUUUCUAUAUUCUUCAGCCAUCUUAAUUGAGUUUGCAUAUACAGCUUCAAAUAAAACAGAUUUCGUAAAAAAUAAUGAAACUAACACAUGGCCAUAUCUAUUCUGUGAAAUCCUUGGAUUUUUAAUAGUUUUUUUCGUUUUACUAAAUAUAAUAUUGGUAGGAGCUAUAUCUAUUGUAACUUGGUUACGAGUAGUACGAGAAUAUUACUUCGAAUUUGGAAAAUAUGAUUAUAAAAUUUGGCUUCCAAUUAUUUUCAUAUCAUUAAUCAUCCCUCUAAGUACAUUAAAUGCCUACGGUUCUCGAGGAUAUUCAUGUGGAACUAAAAUUGGAUCCGAUCUUGUAGGAAUAGUGGUUUUUGUUCUAAUAGUAGUUACAUUGUUAACUAUCAUUUUUUGUUACGUACAUGUAUUAAAAACGAUUCGCGAUAUUCAAGGACAUAUCCCAAAUUCAAGUAUUGAAGCAGUACGAAAUUCUAAUGUUGAAAGGAGAACUUUUAAAAAAGUUUUAACUUAUAUUUUAGUUUUUAUUUUACAAUACAUUCCCAUUUUGAUUUAUAACAUUUCUAUGAUAUUAAGGGCUCGACAUAUUAUAUUAGAUGCUCUCAGUCCAGCAGUUAUAUGUAUUGGCGGAAUAGCGAACGUAUUUCAAUAUUUACGUAAUGAAGGAUUAAAAUUUUCACAUACUAGUAGUAAUAAUUCUUCAAGUUAUAAACUUGAAGUGGAAGAAAGAUCAGAUGAUACUACACAAGACGCUUAA